AUGGCAUCGAGACCAUCCGUCUUCCUCUACAGAAGCAGCGCGGGCCGCAGAGACGCCCGGCUCCAUCCUGCUCUCAUGUCGCAGUUCUUCUGCCCGACGAAGAAGAGAGAUGUUGUUUCUCUAUGCCUACAAGGUGUUCGAAGAAAUUCCAAGAAGACUGACAGGGAGUUUUUGUAUCAGAACAUGUAUUUGCAGGACAUCCGCGACGUAUAUCCCAAGAAGUUGCCAAACUACAAGGCCAAGCUGAAAAAUUUCUUUGAAGAGCACUUGUGUACUGACGAAGAGAUACGCUAUUUUCUUGAGGGCAGUGGAUACUUUGAUGCGAGGGACCAAAAUGAAGAGUGGAUCUGUAUAGCAGUGAAGGAAGGGGGCAUGAUUGUUUUGCCUGCAGGAAUGUAUCAUGGAUUCACGUUGGACAAUGACAACUACAUCAAAGCUGCCCCACACAUACUGGAAACAGGAGAAUGAAAGGGGUGUGAAGCUCGCCGUCGACACGCAUCGGCUUUGUGUGCGCCGCCAGCGGCCAACCACUCAGCAUCCAACCAGUGCGAUGAAGACGACCAUCUAGAGUACAUACGCGGAGCACCUGGUUAGCUUGAGGAACAUUGUUAUUGGGGCAAUGAGGUUAAGAUCUAUGAGCACCAUGUAGACGCCACAGCCACAGCCAUGUAAACCAAACAUCAAGUACUAUGUAUGCACCAUCAUACAAGACAUUUGCCAAGCCACAGUGAAUCUAUUUUCAGGUUCACUACACCAAAGAGAAUCCGAUGGACUACAUUAACCUGGAUGAUGAUACACUGAAGAUCAGGAUUGUUGACGGCAAUUGCAUGAUGAUUGUCGCAUCAUGCUGGGAACUGACAAGAGGGCCACCAUCACCACCAACUUGUCAGAGUUCUGCCGCCGUGCACACAUCCGCGAAGGAGACAUCUGCGCAUUCCGCUUCAAGGUCACCGAAAAUGCCGCCUUGCUCUCACCGUGCCAUCGCCUCUAGACGCAUUAUCGACAAUGACAGAAGUCGAGUAUGAAUAUGAUCCUUCCAUGUACGGAGCUUAUGACGUACUGAACCUUGCUUCUUUUGGAUGUUGCAACAUGGUGCUUUUGAACAGAUAGCAUAUAUGUUGUCAGGCAUGUAACCUCUAAGAUCGCCACUCAUCAGCUUUAACUAUCUGCAAUGCGACUCUUAUCGAUGUCUGUUUAUUUCU